AUGAAAACAAAGAAAGAAGAAGUCGAUAAAUUUCUUCUGAAAUACGCAAAAGAAUAUCACACAAAAGAAUUUAUUAAAUCUGACCCCAUUCAGUUUCCACAUCGAUAUUUGAGAAAACAGGACAUUGAAAUCAGUGGGUUUGUGACAUCAUUUUUGAGCUUUGGGUCACGUCCACUUAUUAUUAAGGCGGCUGAAAGUGUCGAUGUACUGUUCUCUAAAGCGCCACUUGAAUAUGUCAAAGGAGAAAAAUGGCGGGAGGACUUUAUUGGGAAUGAAACGUUUUAUCGAACUAUUUCUAAAGGAAGGAUGAGAGAACUGUUUGAGUGGUUACACAUGAUAUACACCACUAAUGAAAGUAUGGAAGACGCUAUUCAAACACUUGAAGGAACACCAAUGGAACGUCUCUGUACACUUUUUGGAGUCACAUCUAAUGCACCACAAAAGAAGGUCAACAUGUUUCUGAGAUGGAUGAUCAGAAAAGACUCCGAAGUCGACUUUGGUAUUUGGAAGUCGUUCUCACAACAAGAUCUGCUUAUUCCACUCGAUACACAUGUCAGUCAAAUUGCGUGUCAAAUUGGACUGACUAAGAGUAAAUCGUACUCACUGAGUAAUGCUAGAACUAUUACUAAAGAACUUAAUAUUGUUUUUCCUGGUGAUCCAUGUUUGGGAGACUUUGCUUUGUUUGGGUUUGGUGUAAAUGAACAAAAUUAA